GACAUGGUGGUGCAUUUAGUGUGCAUAGGUGAGAUUAAAAAUGAAUAUUUUGUGAAAAGCUGUAAGGGAGGAGACCACUGAGAAGACCUAAUUAUAGUCAGAUUUUUUUUUAAAUUCGUCCAAGGGAAAUAAGGUUUGAGAUGUUUAAUGAACCUCUGGGCUCCAUAAAAUGUGGAUAAUUCGACAAGCUAAGCGCAGAAGUAGCUUCUUGAGGACUAUGCUCCAUGGAGACCUUAUUAAAAAUUCGAAGGAAUUGUGACUAGCACACAGAAAAUUGCCGUCCCUAAAGUUGCCUCAGAGUUGCGAAAAAAAAAGGUCAUGUUCGUGGCAAUAAUCUGCCGAUCUGAUGCUUAUGUUCCGCGUUGGAUGCAACAUGUCCGCAGUCUAUUGUGGAAAUUAAUCCGUGGUAGCAAUUUUACAAUGUCACAGAUUGGUGUAGAUUUUCCCCUACCGGCAGACGAAAGAAAUUCAGAGAGCGGUGGUUGAAAGAGAAGGGCAAGUGUGCUGUGUGUUACUUGUCAAUUACAACUUUAAUUGCUUCGUGUAAUAAACACAGUUUGUAGUGCAUAAAAUAUAACGUAUUACAUAUUUCUUUGUGUUUGUUACGUGUGGGUUAAAUGUGUGUUGAAAUAACUUUUCUAUAGAUACAAGAGUUCAUAGUCAGCCUCUCCUUGAACACUAGAGGACAAUGACACCCAGCAUUGCAGUUGCAACAGGGAAAGGAAAGAGAUAUUGGUAAGAGGUCUUAAUAAUGGUUCCAAGACGGUCAUACCCAAAACCUACAGGACCAAUGGAUCAGUGGUUGGAGUCGCAAGGUUACUAUCGGAAGCAUACAGCUCGGGAUGGAUCAUGUUUGUUCAGAGCAAUAUCAGAGCAGGUGUUCUAUGUUCAAACUGUUCAUCAGAAAGUUCGGAGGCAGUGUGUUGAAUUUAUUCAAAAGAAUAAAUGUAAAUUUCAGGAGUUCCUGAAGGAACCUUUAGAAGAAUAUGUGGUUCGUAUGCUGGAUUCUAGAGAGUGGGGAGGCCAGAUGGAAAUACAUGCCAUGGCUCUCUUAUACCAUUAUGAUGUGCUUGUUUUUGAAGAAGUAGGCAAAUCUCCAACUGUCGCAACCAACUAUGGCUUUACAAAGAAAAUUCUGCUUUGCUUUUCUCCUGACAGCCAUUAUGAUUCUGUGUACCCCAAGUUUUAUAUCAUAAAGGCAGCAUUUUGUCAAUCAUUAGUUUAUGAGGUUCUGUACAAGAAUGUAUUCCAAUUAUCAGAUGUCAAUUAUGCAGUGAAUAAAAUGUUACAUGAUAAAACAAAUCGUGCACAGAAAGAGAGAGCAAUAAAUGAAGAUCACCUUAUAUCCUGUGGAAGUUUUGGCUUCUCUAUGGAAAUAUCCUUGGAGGCAAAUAAAGAAUAUAAAGGCCUUGAAGAGAUGAAUAUGAAUGUUAAAGAACUACUGGCUCAGGGUGCUACUCCUUUCCCAUAUAAAGUUGCAAAAGCUCUAGACCAAAAUAUUUAUCGUAACAUUGAAUUUGACAUUUGGAAUGACUUCAGAAGAGAGAUGAAGUAUGGCUGGUACAGGAAUAAUGGAGAGCUGCAGGUUGGAGUAAAAUGCCUCGUGAAAUUGAAUCCUGACAGGAAUUUCCAUGCUCAUAUUCAAGAAAUGUCACCUGACAAAGGACCAGUCAUUGUUUUUGUUGAAGAGCUCGGAGAAAAAUGCACUGUUCCUUUUGAUAACUUGGAGCCUCUGCCAAAGAGUGAAAAGCCUCAGUGGUCUUUGCCUUAUAAACAUUGUCAUCAGUUAUCGAGUGCUCAACAAAAGUCAGCCAUUUUAGCACUCACAGACUUUGGUGGCAAAUGGAAAAAAUCUAAAGUAGGAAAGCCCCGCAAGUUGAAGGAGACUACCAUUCACACACCUCUGUCUCCUCGUUUGCAAUACAACAGUAAGAUGAAUGGAGGUUCAGUAAAACAUUCCACUCAGCACAAUGCAAGAUUUUUACAUGAACAGAUUGGUAACCAACAAGUUCAAAUGUCUUUCCAGAACUUUUCACCAGAAAAUUUAAGUAAUCUUCAGAAUUACAAUAAUGUUAGAAUGGAUAUGCCUGUAUCUGUGAUGUUAGAGCAGCCAAAUUCAACAUCUAGUCCAGUGAUGACUCAAGCGAUGGUCAUGUCCUUGGCUCCGCCAAUCACUACUGCCAACAGUAAUGCAACUAGUACCAAUAAUGUAAUAAAAUCUGGAGAACUUGGCCACAACAGUCCUGAGAGAUGUCUGUCUCCACUGCAACAGCCAGAUUCUACUACUGAUUUGCCAUGUUCACAGCAGCCUAUGAUGACAGAGUCUGUUGAUCCAAUGCCAUCUCUUUCUCCGUCACAGUUCAUGUCUUUCACAACAUACUCGAACGCAUUGCCACUGGCGUCACAAGCCCCUGUUCCUACUUCUGGUCCUCGACCAGAUUCCAAUAUUACCAACCAUGGAAUUAUGAAUCCUUCAUGUUUCAGUGAAACAGUUUGCACUAAAAGUACCACAUUACCAUACAUGGUAUGCAAUACAGGUGUGUCUAGUGUGAACAUGGGUGGUGUUGUUAGCCUACCAGGAGGAAGUGAACAGCCACUGAGAGACUUCAGUGGAAACCUUCUGUUUCAGCCGGUGAAUUUCAUGGCACAGAAAUCUGUGCAAGUCAGUGGCAGUGACUUGCCUUUAUCAGACCUCUCCACUCUCCGCUUUUUCUAUAAUCUUGGACAUGAUUAUUUCCAGCUCGGCUGUAUGUAUUUGCCUAACUCUGUGGCACAAGCAAAACCAAAUUUUUCUCCUCCACCUACCUCAACACCAAAUUAUGGUGAAAAUUUUGCUUUUAGCAAUCCUGUCAUGACUUCUAACAACAUAAAAAAUGAGCAUCAUAUGCUAGAUUCAUCGCCAUCAUUGCAAGAAGAUUUGUAUCAAGUUGGACAGGAAGUUACAACACAGAAUAUUAUGUUACCAAAUGAUCACCAUGUUCAUAUAGUUACUGAUACAGAUAAAACGGGUUUACAUACUAACAGUAUUGAGAAUGAGACUAUCACAUGGCAACCAAAGCAAGUUGACAUGGAAGUCUCAAAUGCAUUACAGAAAGCAUUAAACAGUGGGUUUCCCUCCAGGACCAGUAAGAAUUCCCCUGAUGGGAGAGCAAAUAUAACACAAAAUUCUCAUAUUGGAAGGUCUCACCAAAAUCAAGCCAGACACAGUGAACCAUAUGAAGCACAAACAACAGCUCAGCAGUCAGAGGAUUUGGAAGGUAGUUGUGGGGAUACCAUUGGUUCACCUGCACAGAGUAGCUGCCCAGCUGUGCUUACUACCAGCUAUAAUAUUCCUCCUCCCACUGUGCCAUAUGCCUUUACUCCAAUGCCACCUACAGUGUACAACCAUACUGUGGUGCCAUUAUAUUUCCCCAUGGAUUCUGAACAGGGAAUGAUGUUUGUGCCAUAUUACCCACAAUACACUGUUAAUUCUUCUGUACAGUUGGAACCACAGGAAACAGUAGCUGUUUCAACAGCAGUGCCAGAUGGGCAAGCAGUUUCAUCACACUUCACAGGAUCUGUUUACAGUCCGGUAAAACAGUCUGGGAACAGUGAGAAUGGAUGUUUUAAUCCAUAUACUGUUUAUUCUCAGCCACCAACACCACUUCUUUUCCAGCAGCCAUCUUCUGUACCUGCUGGUGUAUAUCCCACUGGUAUUGGACCCGAAGCUAACAUAUCAAUACCAAGAUGGAUGCAAACAAUUCCAGGCCUUCCUCAUAUGACACCAACUCCUUGCAUAUUACAGCCAACUCCAGCAACACCAUUUGGCACACCUGUCACUUAUAAUACUGUUGCUUAAAAAGUACCAAAAGACAGGAAAUCAAUUUAGCAUCCUAUACAGUAAGUUGUUAAUAAAUAAUUGCUAGUUAAUAAAUGUAUUACACAGUAUUCCAGGUAUUUCCAGUAGAGUAUGAAUUCCUUUCUCAGCAAUGAGAUUUGUUCCGUGCUUUGACAUAAAUGUGCUUUAGCUGUUCAUCAGCAGCUCAUUAAUCAGUGUAAUAUGAGACUCUGAUGGUAGUGAAAUGAACAACUGAUGGUCAUAAAAUACAUAAUAUAACCUUCACAGAUCAUGGGCCCUUGCACUUAAGCAUAUAUGCUUAUAUAAUGAAUUAUUAUUAUUUUAACUUCAAAUUCUUCCUCAUUAAUUUAUAUAAUUUUCUGUGUUAUAAUUUGUUUACAUUCUAUUAUAUCAAAAUGAUUAAGAACGGAUGCAGCAUUUUUGUGAAUGUUCAUCAUUUAACAACUUACUGUAUCAGAUGGUGAAUUUAUUAUGUUGCAGCUUGAUACUUUUAUUACUUCAUUAACAUUGUACAUAAGACCAAAUACGUGCUUGGACAUUGAGUACUUUGUAAAUAUCUAAUGAAAAAUGUCUUUGCAUGUAUUACUGUUUAUUUAUUUAUUUAUUUAUUUACAGUCAUAUAUUUCAUUUAUCUUAUGUGCAUAUGAAAAUGAAAUAGCAGAAGAAUAAACUUUAGCAAGAAGUGUGUAAUCAACAUAAACACACAAAAUGAAAAUUUACGUUUUUGUCAAAAUAGUAGACCUCAUCAUAUUGUGGUACUGCAAAUUUAUACAGAAAAUUGUUUUUAUUUUAUGUCAAUGUUGUGGACAGAAAUUUGUAAAAUUACAAUAUGAUUUGGCACUAUGCUUUUAAGUGCUCUUUCCAGUUAUCUUAUUCUGAUGAGAUACUUCAGUACAAGGUAUUUACUUUCAUAGCUUUAAAUGUGCAUAUAAAAACAAGUGAGUUGUUAAUCAGUUAUGCAAUAUAAGCAACAUAAUUCCUUAUUUUAAUUUGCAGAUUUUCAUAUGUAUGUUGCAUAUGUUACUGACUUUGCUAAUGAGAUGUUUACCAGAAUAAGCGAACACUAAAUGUUUUUGCUGUGGUGAAUAUGGUAUUUAGAUCAGUGAAAUAUUUUUCAUGAAGUAAUAUUAUUCCCAAUUAAUUUAUCAUAUCUGUAAUUUUUUAAUUACAUAACUGUGUUCACAGCAGUAAAACACAAAGCAAUUUAUAUUGACCAAUUGUUUUCAAAUUCAUUCAUUUGCACAGAGAAAUGUACUGAUAAGUUAUACAGUUUCUGUUUCAAGUAAGUAGUCUUUGUAACUGAAAGUAUGUAUUAUUAAGUUGGUGAAAUAUACUUUUCUUCUUCAUAAGUGCAAUGAAACUAGAAUGAAAUUAAUCAGAUUAAACUGUUCAGCAGUUGUGACCAUUAUAUUGGUUAAUAUUGAGAUAGUAUUUGGUUAUUGAGAACUAACAAGUAAUAAUUACUUUAGUUGUCUUACAUAAACUGUUUCCUCCUUUGAAUGAGGAUAAACAAAAAUGUACUGUUGCAUUAUAAUCACAGCUUAUUUAUAUAUAAUAAAAUUAAUAUUCCCAUAAAUGUGAAA